CAUCAUCCAUAUGACGCAGCCACGUUUUCUCUCUGUCCGUCGCUCACCCGGAGCCGGAUGCCCCAGUCUCCUCGUUAUACAUCCCAGACGAGUGCAUAUCCCCCCAAAACUACCUACGCAAGUACUGCCAUCUCCCAAUUCCUGCCCCUUCUCGUGCUCUUUCUCGUGCCACUGGUCACCCUCCGCCUCGUCGUCCCUGCUGUCAAACGUAUAUCGGGCCUGGUUACUGUGAAUGGGAUGGGUCUGUUUGGCUUUGGGUUCUGGAGUGGAGGAUCGAGUGCGGAUGUGAGUGCGGAUGAGGACAAUCAAACCGGAUCCAGUCGAAGGCGAGAGAGGGUACGCACCAGGGCUGCACAACAGGAGCAGCAACGGGCAGGACACGAGAAACCGGAUUCGGUAUCGUUUCCGGGACUCUUCAAUGUGUCCGGGACGCAUUGCUUCAUGAACUCCACAUUGCAGGCUCUGGCUUCCUUAUCCGCUCUCACGCCACACCUCUCCGCGCUUCACGAUCGUGCUGAAGAGUGGGACGUCCCUACACCCGUACUCGACGCGCUACUGGAUCUCCUUCACUCACUGAAUACACCAUCGAGAUCCGCCCUGCGCGCCACGGCACUCGUUGAGGCACUCUGCGCGUCACCCGAUUCCUCCUCCGCCUUCUGGGGCAUCUCCACCUCGAGCUCAAAGACAGAUAAAAGCGCGAAAGCGGCCGCAUUGCUGGCCACACACCAGCAUCAGGACGCGCAGGAGUUCUUCCAGCUGCUGUCCGAGGCGAUCAGAGAAGAAACGGCGUUGGUUGCUGCUGACAGUGCUCGAGAUCGCGGCUUCGCUGGGCUUUCGGAAUCUGAGGCUGGCAUGGCAGCUGCCGUCAGCCCGUUCGAUGGAUUGACGGCAACCCGUCGCGCCUGUGUGCGCUGUGGGUACGUAUCGGCGAUCCGGCAUUUCUCGUUCGACAGCCUGCAGCUGGCACUGGAGGGAUGGAACGGGACAACUAUUCACCAUCUGCUUACGACUUACACGGAGCUUGAGGUGCUGGAAGACUGUCCUUGCCGCCGGUGUUCUUUGCGCGCCACAUCAUACCGGCUGACGGCUGAGGUAGCGCAGUUGGCGGAUGGUUUCGAUGAGGAGAAAGCCGUCGAUGGCGCAGGCGACGGCGAGAAAGAAAGGAAAACCAAGAGCAAGAAACGAAGGGAGAAGGAGAAAGCCAAGGCUACGAGGGCUGCUACACCUUUUUCUGAGCUGGCCGCGGUCACGGCCCCUCUCUUAUCUGAUAGUGCCCGUCUCCGUCGUCUAAAAGCGACUCGCAGGCAAUUAUCUUUGGUGGGUCGGGCACUCGAGUCUCGGCGGAUUGAAGAGGAAGACCUUGAAGGCGACUGGGAUGCUGAUGGCUUGUUCCGACCGGAUCCAGGUUCCGACGCGUUGAAGGGCGUCCGGCUAGAAAGAGUUCCUGGGGGCGUUUGUACAAGGCAGAGUAUGAUUGGCCGUCUUCCAGCGGUCCUGGCACUGCACAUCAAUCGGUCUGUGCACACCGGAUACCGAGCAGCGAAGAAUGGGGCCUUUGUCGCUUUCCCCGAGGUCCUCGAUUUGACGGCAUAUACGACAUCUGGAGUGCUCAACGUCGAGCCGACGACGGGCAUGAGCGACCGAGGGAUCCUCGGCGCUCUCCGGCAGCACAAUCCUGCGGUCUACCAUCUUGCGGCUGCCGUCUGUCAUUACGGGCAACACUCCUUUGGCCAUUACAUUUGUUUCCGCCGAGCUCCUGUGCCAUCGCAGUCAGGCUCUUCGCCGUCAUAUUCACCUGCCCUGCCCACAGUCGAAACUACAUCCGGUUCCGGACGGGGCUGGCUCAGAAUCUCCGAUGCUCGCGUUCAUCGGUGCGGCAUCGAGUCAGUCUUGGCGGAGGGAAGCUCGGUCUUCAUGCUUUAUUACGAGCGGGUGCAUGAUCAUACGGUGGACAACAUCCCGAAAGGCCGGAUCUUGAGGAGUGCUAGUCUCGGUCUGGGGGAAAGUUCUCUCCAGGUCAAGUCCGAGGAACUCCCAGUCAAGUCGGAGGCGGAAUCGUCUUCCCCAGACCAGCCAUCAUCAACCAGCCCUGGGGAACCCGAGGAUGCGGCAACCGUCGGCGACGUCGAGCCGGAACAGGUCACAGCUCUACCCGUUGAUGAUUUUCAGUCGGACUGCUUCGUGCCUGUUCCCAGCCCUGCCGCCGAGGAAUUUCAAGUCGCAUCGCUUAGCCCGCCUGUGGUGGACACCUCACCUCCGCCGGACGAUAACAUGCUGCUCUCAGCUGGUGCAUUGCCGACACCCCCGCUCACUCCGCGAUCCAUCGCUGAUUCGCCACUACCGCCAACCGAGGAUGCUCCUAUAGUCAAACUCAAGCCCAAGAAGAAGAAGAAGAAAGGGAAGGCGUAG